AUGCUCUCUAUCAAAUUCGCUGCCAUCGCCGCACUGAUUGCCUUGGCCCAAGCAUCGCCACUGAGGCGCCACGACGACGGGCAAGGCCAUCAACAGGCGCAACAGGCGCUCGCAUCCGGCGACCAGUGCUUGCAGAACUGCUUCCUUACCGCAAUCGUCAGUGUUGGCGCUACAGCUGGCUGCAACAAUGGGAAUGACUACGCCUCUCAAGCCAUCUGCUACUGCCGUACACCAGGGCUGGGCGACGCCUACUCGCGCUGUUUGGAGAGAUGCCCCGCGGGCGACUUCGACCAGGGACAGCAGCUGCGCGAUAAGGUGUGUGCUGCCGCGAAUGGAGGCGGAAAUCAUGCGCACGAGAAAGAGGGGCACGACAAAGAGGGUCACCAGCAUGAGCAUGAGCAUGAGCACGGUCAUGAGCACAACCAGAAACCAGGUGUGCAAGUCGCCGGUAUUAUCGCCAGCUCUGUCCCGCAAGCUCAGGGAAAUCUGGGGCAGUAUGCGAGUGUCGCAAGUGCUGCUGGUGCUGCCAGUGCUAGUGCACCUACCCAAGCCACCCAAGCAACUCAACCUGAGACAGUAGCCGCUUCGACUACCUACACGUCCUCACAGACGGAUUCGUACUCGCACGCUUCCUCCUCAGCCUCCUCAACCUCGUCGCAAACGUUCCUCACGCCGACUAAAUCUUACUCUUCAACGGCCAGCCCUUCCAGUACGGUGAACGACCUCGAUGAUUUGGAUAGCGGCGCUGUUUCGAGUCAAGUGAGCUGGAGUAUCGCUAUUGCGUCUACCCUUGUGCUCUGCUUUGUGGUGUAG